UGCUCUGCGCCGCACCACGCCUAGACGGCGCGCGCUGAUUGGCCGCAGGGCCCGGGCCAAUCGGCGGGCGCGUUGUUGGGCGUUGCGGGGAGCGGGCCGGCGCUGAGGGGAGGAAGGAGCCAAGAUGGUUCUGGAGAGCACCAUGGUGUGCGUGGACAACAGCGAGUACAUGCGCAACGGGGACUUCCUGCCGACGCGGCUGCAGGCGCAGCAGGACGCCGUGAACAUCGUGUGCCACUCCAAAACCCGCAGCAACCCCGAGAACAACGUGGGGCUCAUCACCCUGGCCAAUAACUGCGAGGUGCUGACCACGCUGACCCCGGACACCGGGCGCAUCCUGUCCAAGCUGCACACGGUGCAGCCCAAGGGCAAAAUCACCUUCGGCACCGGCAUCCGCGUGGCACACCUGGCGCUGAAGCACCGGCAGGGCAAGAACCACAAGAUGAGAAUCAUCGCCUUCGUGGGCAGCCCCGUGCACGACAGCGACAAGGACCUGGUGAAGUUGGCCAAGCGCCUGAAGAAGGAGAAGGUCAACGUGGACAUCAUCAACUUCGGGGAGGAGGAGGCCAACACGGAGAAGCUGACGGCGUUCAUCACGGCGCUCAACGGCAAGGACGGCAGCGGCUCGCACCUGGUGACGGUGCCGCCGGGGCCCAGCCUGGCCGACGCCCUCAUCAGCUCCCCCAUCCUGGCGGGCGAGGGCGGCGCCAUGCUGGGCCUGGGCGCCUCCGACUUCGAGUUCGGGGUGGAUCCCAGCGCUGACCCCGAGCUGGCUCUGGCGCUGCGGGUGUCCAUGGAGGAGCAGCGGCAGCGGCAGGAGGAGGAGGCGCGCAGGGCGGCCGCCGCCUCGGCUGCCGAGGCCGGGAUCGGCGCGGCCGGCGGCGACGAGUCGGACGAGGCGCUGCUCAAGAUGACCAUCGGGCAGCCGGAGUUCGGCCGCGCGGGGCUGCCGGACCUGAGCUCCAUGAGCGAGGAGGAGCAGAUCGCCUACGCCAUGCAGAUGUCCCUGCAGGGCGCCGAGUUUGCCCAGGCCGAGGCGGCCGAGGUGGACAGCGGGGCGGCCAUGGACACGUCCGAGCCCGCCAAGGAGGAGGACGACUACGACGUGAUGCAGGACCCCGAGUUCCUGCAGAGCGUCCUGGAGAACCUGCCCGGCGUGGACCCCAACAACGAGGCCAUCCGCAACGCCAUGGGCUCGCUGGCCUCGCAGGCGGCGCGCGAGCAGCGCGAGCAGCGCGAGCAGCGGGAGCGCAAGGACGAGGACAGGAAAUGAACCCCGGGAACGGCGCGGAGGGACGGAGCCACGCGGGUUCCUACGGGGCUGCGGGAGCGACAAACGGAGUGGCUUGGGAAAUAAAGUAAUCGCUCGGGAAUUGAAAUAAA